AUGCAAAACAUGCCACCUGCCCAGUGGGUGAUGCCCACGAAAGAACUUGCUGGAUAUGAGGCUGAACUCCCCAUCAUAGAGAAAUCCAACCCCAUAACAGAAAAUAUAGACAGACCAGAUUCUGUUCAAAUUGUUCCGCUUUUAAAGGAAUAAGAUGGAGAAAUAUUUCAGAAGGAAGACAAUAUAGCCACCAACAAUAAGAGCCUAUACAGUAAAUCAAUUUUAGCAACAAUGGUUGACACUGCCAAACAUGUCAAAGAACUGUUGAAGGAUUCUGAAAAUAACCUCAUUCUGCUAAGUGGAUGUGGGACUUCAGGAAGAUUAGCAUUUCCGCUUGCAAUUUCAGGAAAAAAAGAGAAAGUAAUUUUCAUUGGCAUUUCAUGUGGAUUGUCAGCUCUAUUUGUUGCUGGUCAACUGCACAUCUGCAUGAACAACCUAAAGAAAUUCAUCCCUGUUCUCGUGCAGUUCAAUCCAGUUAAUAUGGCAAAAUCUGACAAAAUAGAGGGAUGGCAUUCUACAUUUCUUCAAGUGACAGAAGGAAUUCAGAAAUUGGAAAAGCUACACAAGGCAUAUAUCAUUAACCCCAUUGUUGGGCCUGAAGGAAUCACUGGAUCAUCCUGCAUGAAAUGUGGAAGUGCCACCAAAAUCCUCCUGGAGACCAUUUUCCUGGCUGAACACAAGGCUUUGGCAAACAACAGUGAUAUACAGAUGGUUGAAUGCUUGGAGUUAAGGAGAUUAAUCAGGAGUCUGCUGGACUUGCUGAGAAGUUAUGAAAAAGCUCAGAUGCUCACAGUAAAAAGAUUGCUGCUUUUAGUGAAGCAGACUGGUGCAAGCUUACAACACAAUGGCCAUAUAUUCUACAUUGGAUGGAAGUCACUUAGAAUUAUGGGAAUCAUUGAUGCAUGUGAAUGUGUACCAUUUGGAGUAGCAGAAUUUUCCAUCUCACAUGACAAUUUUAGGAAGAAUAUUCUUCCCACAAUCCACAAGAAUUAUACUACUGUCUUCGUCAUUACUUUAGAUGAUUAAGUUUCAGAGAUUGAAAAACUUGUGCAGCAGGUUAAGAUGUCAACAUCCAAUUUGUUUGCAAUCUCACAUGGGAGACCAAAGCAAUGUAUGACAUUCCUGUCUUGUCCGAAAGGAAGUGUUUUUACUAUAAUCAAUGUCAUGUGGCCAGCAAUAUUGUACAAUUACGAAGGAUGCAAUAUUCAGAUAUUUCAGCAUGAAUUGAGUACAAAAUAGAUACUCAAUGCAAUUAGUACAGGUGUGCACAUUUUGAAAGAGAAAGUCUAUUAUAAUUUUAUGACUGACUUCAAAGUUAGUAACACCAAAUUAUUUGGUCAGGCUUUAUACAUCCUUCAGAGACUUACAGGCCAGACUCAGUCUAACUGUUUUGAGACAUUGUUAAAGACUAUUUAUGAAACAGAUGAACUAAGUGAAAAGAUGAAAAUGGAAAUUUCACAACAUAUUCAGCUUGCUUCAACAAUGAGAAAGGUUUUUGAUGAGUAUCAGCAGGGAAGUUGUCAUCUAUGA